AUGAAGUUUUCCCAAUUCUUCGUUUUAUUCUUUGCCAUCUUCUUCAUCUCCCUCACUCUGGCAGCAGCGAUCCCAGCAUUAGAUAUCGAAGAAUUGGAUGAUCGAUAUCAACAGGAACAUCAGCUACAACUACCUCCUACUACUCCUACUUCAGAAGAAGAAACAGGGGAAGACAUGUUCACAGAGAUGGAAAUGUUAGAUAAUCUGUCAAAUGCACAGCGGAUGGCUCGUGGGUUACCAUUAAGAAAGCCUGGACAUCUAUUCAACGCGAGGUUGGGUCCGAGAGCACCUGCACCGUCCGGAGCAUAG